AUGCAACCGCCUGGUCAUGAGAAUAUUAGUGAAGUAUCCCUGCGGUCAGGGAAGGUCUACCAAAGCCCCAGCCAUCCUGCGAUAUCUCCACCAACGGAUUUCGGACCAAGCCGUGAGGAAGAGGGAGAAUCCAGUAGAGGUGGUCAAGUGGAAGAAAAAUGCAAGGAAAAGGUGGGAGGAGAGGCCUCAGAAGAAGGUCAGAAGGAAGAAACUGAAAGGGUUAAGCCUUAUCCGUACCGUGGAAUGGUGACAAGAAAAAAAGAUGCCACAAUUGAUGUGGCAAGCACGUUCAAGGAUGUGGAUGUAAAGAGAAACGACCUCCCCUCCAAGAAAACUGAUCCAGGAAUGUUCACACUCCCAAUUUCAAUCGGAGACAUUCAGGUAGAGCACGCCAUGUACGACUUGGGGGCAUCUAUCAAUGUUCUGCCACACUCCAUCUAUCGGAAGCUGGGAGAGGUCAAGCUAGUCGACACGGAUAUAAUGAUACAGUUGGCCGACAGAUCAUAUGACAGAACCACAGCAAAAGAGUUGAGUGGAGUCCUACUGGGACAACCAUUCUUGUCCACAGCCAGCAAUAUCAUAGAUGUCCGCAAUGGGACGAUCAGUCUGGACUUCAAAGGAGAGCAGUAUACAUUCAAUAUCGAUGAGGCCAUGAAAAGGCCAGCCGACGGAGAGAACGUGUAUUCCGUGGAUGUGACUGAGCCCUUGGUGCAGGAAUUUUUGGAAGAAGAAUUUUUAAAUAGGCAAUUCACGGACUCCGCUGUAGAUGAAGAGGUCGAAAAGGAAGUAGAAGAGUGGUUUGAGAAAAUAAGGUUGGAGAAAUGA